AUGAAGCGGUUAGCAGCCUCUGACCUGCUGCUGUAUGUUCUUGACGUCGGUAAGGCUAUCGAGUCUUUGAUCAAUGCCAUCGAGUCUUUUAUCAAUGCCAUCGAGUCUUUUAUCAAUGCCAUCGAGUCUUUUAUCAAUGCCAUGGAAUCUUUGCUCAAUGCCAUCGAAUUUUUGAUAAACUUUUUGGAACCUGGAGUCCAUUUGAUCCACGAGCCGUUUCUCCCCUUCGGCGAACUUGAAGGUUAUUUGUUCCCCGAGCUGUGUCCCCAUUUUCUGGAACUGUACGUCCAAAUAUUCCUUGAGCAUAGGAUCCAUCGUGAUGAUGUUACAACAGUGAUAACAACGUCGAUGGUGGAUGGUGCGUCCAAGGACUGGUCGAUAUUUGUUGAUAUUUGUUGA